AGUCACUCAUUUAUAAGACACUGUCCCCGCUGUUCACUUCAACAGAACAUCAGAAUUCAAGAGUUCACGAGUGUCCCUUUGUACUUAAGGCCUCCUCACCCUGAACCAGAAUACCUUCUAGAAUCCCAACAACUCAGCCUCGUCAGUCGACCUCUACACUAGAGCAUCACAAUCCACCAACCUAUAAACAACAUGGGUUUCAAGAAGAACAUCCUCUUUGCAGGUGCCUUUGCACUCUGCGCCUUUGCGGCACCUAUUCCUGACUGCCCCGACGACGUCCCAGAGACAGAUGCAACAGAGUUGACUGCAGCCAACUUGAUCGCCAUCGCACCCGCCACCCAAUCCUGCGCCGGUGCGGAUUUCCCCGAUGAAUGUGCCGAUGCGACACAAGCUGCUACCGCUCUCAACAAGGCUUUCGAUACUUACAAGAUCACCGCCAAGGGCGAGAAGGCUGCCAUAGUCGCCUAUGAGAUUUUCGAGAGCGGUGACUUCAAGUACAAGAAGAACCAUUUCCCAGGCCGACCUGGUCAAGGCACGAGGAUGAUGGCGAUGCCACCGUUUGUCGAGAAGUACGCUACCGAUGUCGCCGGCGCAGACGCUGUGACCCAAGCAAAAGCUGCAGGAGAAAACGCCGGUUUGGAGGCAGUACUUGCUCUGGUCAACAGCGACGAUGAAAAGAGCUUUGGAAGUGCAGCGUGGUUCGUUACCACCCAGUGCAGUGCAGACGUUCGGGCUGGUCUUGUCGAAGGCACUGUAGAUGGCUGGCACAAGUUCUUGACUGACUGUGUUGGCACAUCGCUUGAUCCUACGCGUGACACUCCUUGGACUGCUGCCACAGCUACCAUCCAGUAAGGGUAUUAGGACACGUUCAAACGCUGGUUUGGUACAUGGGGUACUUGUUGCAUAGCGCGAUGGCUUUGAAAAGCUUCUUCUAUUCUCAUUAUGGUUCACGGAACUUUUUCGUCAUUACGAAAUUUUAUGAUUUGUUUGUAUAACUACCUUGAACGAUGCACAUCUCAUGUGCACUAAACAAUGUGUUACAGAGUUUGUAUGGUUCUAAUUCAACAUCGAUUUUAAGCACAUGCUCCUCAACGAGGAC